AUGGCAUCUAUUACCACCCUGUCUUCUUAUAACUGGAUCGAGGCACCCAAAGCCACGCCUACAAUUGCUGUCCCUGGAAGUCCGGCUCUUUGGUCAGCUCCAGGAGUUUCUCGACGGUUGAAGAAGGACUCUGGUCUCGUCUAUAUCGCCCAAAAUGCAGCUCGCCAUCCAGAAAGUCCUCUUGAACCCCCUUUCCGCGCGUUAUACGUCACAAAUCCUUCAUUCGAUAUCCCAUUCACCAUGACCAUCGAGGUGACGCAGAAUACCGCGAUAUUCUGCCGUGACGAGAUCAAGACUCUGGAGUAUAUCGGACCACAAGACUUCAGGGGAUUUGGACACGAAUUCGACAGCACUGGACAUCAUAGGAUCAUCUCGUACCGCUUCAGUGAUCUGAAUUUAAUUGUCCGCCACGAAACGGAUGGAUACGUUGACACUGGUACGAGGGCGUCUUCUUCCAAAGCAAAGAGCCAGUCACAAGAUGACCUCUCUAGCACGUUGGGAGCGUUGUCUCUGUCUCCAGCCAAUAGUUCUCCUGGUCUGGUAGUACCGCUGGAAUUAACCCUUGAGAUAAAAACAAGAGUGUCACACAAAUCCCUCGAUAUUCAAGAGCUUGUGCGAGCAUACCACCAGAAUGGUACUUUUCAGAGACCAGUGGUUGAAGAUGUUGCCGCUGUAAUCAAGAUCUGGGAAGAACGCAAGCAGAAUGAAUUGAGGAUACUAGCAGCGCUAAUUCGAAAAAUCAUCAAUCUCGUGAAGGAGUGUGGGGGUAACGCUAUCCUCAAGUACAACACAGAGGGGGAUAAGCUGGUGGUCUGCAAGGUUGAAAGAAAAGAGAUGCUGCCAAAAGACUUGUAUUCGAAGUGGGAUGGUGCGCCUAAUCUUGGAGCGGAGAUUGAUACACGGAAUGAUGGUCUACUAGGACCUAAGAUUGCUCAAACAAGGCGAGAGAGCAUUUCCACGAUGAGAACCACUGGAGAUGACCUGAAAGCUACAAUCAGAAUUGGAGAUAUGGAUUACAGCGUGCAUAUGGUGUCCAAGAUGCCGUACUUGGCAUCCUUUGUUCGACUCCAGAAGGUUACUCAGCCAGAAGCAACUGUGUUUAUCCAUGAGCCGAUUAACCUCUUCGAUAUAGCCCUGAAAGGAGUUGAAUCGGGCUACCGCCAAUGCUACCGAUCUCUGCCUACCAAUCUCUCUCAAUACCGUACUCUCUUCGCAACGUACAAGUUCCUCAACGUUGAUAUUCUGAGCGGCCUGUCUAUCGACGAGGUAAUUGCCAAUCUGAAAGGCUUGGCACGCGAUACAGCUUUUCAGCUCUUGUAUCUGAUACUAUAUGCUCAGUUCGGAGACGAGACGAAGGACAGCAUGAAGCUUUCUAAUGCAGUCAUGUUCAUAGUAUCUCAUCCAGGGACUUUUAAGUCCCGUACGAAGCGAGUGAUCCGCCUUGCGUACGAGGAGCGAUUUAGCCCAACGACGAAGCAAAGAGCGAGACUAGAUGAGUGGGAGAAAGGAGAGAAUGCCGAUGCUAAGACAGAUGCAACCACUGAGGAGGAGCCCUAUUACUAUUUUGAUUCAGAUGAUUCUUUUUUUUAG